AUGCUCGCUGAUCUCGACCAUUUUGGUAAAAACUACAAGCACGACGAAGAGGCUCAGCGAAAUCAGAAGCCAUGGAUGCUCACAUGGCCUCAGAUCAAACUCGUCCUCCUCGCCGGUGUCGGUUUCUUCCUCGACGCCUAUGACCUGUUCAUCAUUAACCAGGUCGCACCAAUGCUCGCCCAGGUUUACUUCCCUAAGACUGGUCUCCCUGCCCAACGUCAGGACUUGAUGAAGGCAGCUGCCAAUAUUGGCUGCGUCGUUGGUCAAGUCAUGUUCGGUGUUCUCGGUGAUUCCUUCGGUCGCAAGUUUGUCUAUGGAAAAGAGCUUAUCCUCAUCAUCGUCGCCACCAUCUUCCAAAUGUCCGCACCCUCUCACUGGGACGGCAACCGCGUCUUGACCUGGAUCACCAUCUGCCGUGUCUUCCUUGGUAUUGGUAUUGGUGGUGACUACCCAAUGUCUGCUACUGUCGUCUCUGACCGUGCAAACAUUCACCGCCGAGGCACCCUCCUGUGCUUCAUCUUUGCCAACCAAGGUUGGGGAUCCUUUGUCGGCUCACUCGUCACGAUUGUUACCAUCUCCGGAUUCAAGCACCGUCUCAAGAGCGGCCACACCCACGACGUUGACAAGGCCUGGCGUAUCCUCAUCGGCCUCUCGCUCAUCCCAGCCUUUGGUACUCUCUACCAGCGCCUCACCCUCCCAGAGUCACGCAAAUUUGAGCUCACUCGUGAUGCUGCAAGCUCUUCGACUGUGGCUAUCGACAAGAAGGAUCACGAUGCCACCCACGAGGUCAAGGACGCUCCUGAGUCGGAAAAAUCGUCGCCAAAGGUCACCCCCGCUGACGCUAUCGACGACGACCGCCAUGGUGUGAUUGCGAGCAAAAAAGCACACUGGCAAGAGUUUGUUGCGUACUUCUCGACCUGGAACCACUUCCGCAACUUGCUCGGUUCCAUGCUCGGUUGGUUCUUGGUCGAUAUUGCAUUCUACGGCAUCAACUUGAACCAAUCUGUCGUGCUCGCCCAGAUCGGCUUUGCGGGCAAGACAGGCGACGUCUACGACAAACUCUUCCAGCUCGCCACCGGAAACAUCAUCGUCACAGCUCUCGGCUUCCUCCCAGGCUACUACUUCACCCUCUUCCUCAUCGACAUUGUCGGCCGCAAAAAGCUGCAGUUUAUGGGCUUCAUCAUGUCCGGUCUCUUCCUCGCCAUCUUGGCAGGUGAGAUUGACCACAUUGGCAAGGGCCCACUCCUCGCAUGCUUUACCUUUAUGCAAUUCUUCUUCAACUUUGGCGCCAACACGACCACGUUCAUCGUCGCUGCUGAACUCUUCCCGACCCGCAUUCGUGCCUCUGCGCACGGUAUCUCUGCUGCCGCUGGCAAGUGCGGUGCUAUCUUGUCUUCGCUCGUCUUCAACCAGCUCAAGGCAAAGAUUGGCACCAGCGCCGUCCUCUGGAUCUUCUUCUCGACCUGUAUCCUCGGCUUCAUCUCCACCUUCCUCAUCGACGAGACUAUGGGUGUCGAUCCAGACGAGAAGGAUCUCGAGGAGCGCCGCGCUCGUGGUGAGAUUCCCUGA